CUUCUAAGAUAUUUAAUCUACUCAACUAACCAGCGAGGACAUUAAAUUAGGACUGAUAGAUUCGUUGUUCACUAAAAGUGACCAAAGCGUUACAGAAUUGAUUGUUUUAAAUUUCACACCGGCACAAACCCAGAAGCUUCUGUCCAACUUAGUGAGCGUAUCAUGGCGGCGCAGAUGGCGGUAAAUUCGGGAGCCAGUCUGUGGGGGCCGCUGAAAGAGCUCUGGGAGACAGUGGACGGAGCUGUGUUAAGGAGACAGCCCGAGAGUGUUCACCUCCUAGACCUACAGCUGAAGAAACACAAACCUCACUUUCUGUCACUUUUUAAGAACCCGCCAAAAAGUGCAGAGCAAAGAGAGAAAGUGCGUAAAGCCAGCACAGAAGGCAUCGCCAUCCAAGGUCAGCAGGGGUCACGGCUCCUUCCAGAACAGCUUCUGACAGAGGCUUUCAUCCUCAGUGAUCUCUUUGACAUUGGAGAGUUGGCAGCUUUGGAGCUUCUCUUGGCAGGUGAACAGCAGCAGCCCUAUUUUCCAGGACUGACACGAGGCCUAGUGGCCGUGUUACUUUACUGGGAUGGAAAACUUUGUAUGGCCAACUCUCUGCGCACGCUCAUUCAGUCACGACAGGGCAAGACCUUCACCCUGGAUCUUAGUGGAGAGCUGGUGGCUCUGACAACACGAUUUACAGAUGAGCUCAUGAGCCAAGGUCUGACCAAACGCAUCCUAACUUUGGUGUCAGAGAUAAGCGUGACGCGUGAGUUUGAACGACUGCAGAAAGAACGCGGAUUGGGCAACGAAAAGCACAGGAAGGAGGUUGCAGACCUCAUCAAGGAAUGCCGACAGGCGCUUGCAGACAGCCUGUUUUCAUGGACCUGCCAAUCACCCCUGUCAAAAGAUGACACUCUGGCACUCAUUGGCCACCUGGAGACAGUUACAGCUCAGGCUGAUGGCUCACUGGACAGUGUUAACCUGGCUCUGGUUAUGGCACUGCUCUACUGCUUGGAUGUCAGUUUUAUAGAGCAGGGGACUGAAGAUAGAGAUGAUUUGCUCCAGGCACUUCCAUUGCUGACAGAAAGGCAGUAUGUGUCUGCAGUGCACAGUCGCCUGAUGGACAGCCAACCAUGGAAGCUUCCGGGGCUGCAGGCCGUGUGUCGACUGGCGUGGGCUCUGUCGCUGAGAGUCCUUUCCCAGCUGCCACAGGGCUCUGCACUGGUUGAGUUCACUGAGGCAGAUGAGGCUCUGGCUGAUCAGGCUCUCCUGGGCGAUGUCUUCUUGUUUAUGAAAGAGGGCAUGCUGGGAUGUGAGAGUUUUUCCCAGGAAGAGUUUUACAUCCGCCGCGUCCAUUCACUCAUCACAGACUUUCUGGCUCUUAUGCCAAUGAAGGUGAAGCAGCUUCGUAACCGUGCCGAUGAGGAUGCCCGCCUCGUGCACAUGUCCUUACAGAUGGACAGCGAGCUUCCAUCGUCAUUGCGAAAGGACUUGGACCACCUCAUGAUCCUGAUAGGGGAGUUUUACAGCAAGGACCCAUUUGGAUUAGAGCUGGGUUUGGAGUUCUGGUGUCCGACGGAGUCUCUUCAACACACCUCCCUGCAGGGUUCUUAUCUGGGAAUGGCCCUGCAAAGACCUCCACAUAAACAGGUGGUUUUGUCCAAGUUUGUACGUCAGAUGGGAGACCUUCUGCCAUCCACCCUAUACAUCUCCUAUCUCCGUAUGUUAAAAGGACUUGCCAAUGGCCCUCAGUGUGCUCAUUACUGCUUCAGCCUGCUUAAGACCAAUGGGGCGGCACACAGUGACAACAUCCAGGGAGUUUCAGGCAGCCCGGUGUCCUGGGAACAUUUUUUUCACUCGCUCAUGCUCUACCAUGAAAACCUGCGACGAGACCUCCCAAAUCCAGAUUCGGCUCACUACCGCCACCCGCCACUCAGGGGCAUCACCCAAAGAGAGAUGGAAGGACUUACCUCGUUUUUGCAGUUGCUCACCACCAUCAUCACAUGGAGUGAAAAUGCUCGACUGGCCUUGUGCGAGCAUCCCCAGUGGACCCCAGUUGUCGUGAUGUUGGGAUUGCUUCAGUGCAGCGUUCCUCCCGUCCUGAAAGCUGAGCUCCUGCACUGCCUGGCAGCGUUUGGAAAGUCACCAGAGAUCGCUGCUUCGCUCUGGCAGUCGCUGGAGUACACGCAGAUCCUUCAGACGGUGCGAGCCCCUGGACAGAGACAAGCAGCAGGGAUAGAGGUGGAGCUGAAUGAGAUCGAGUCGAGCUGUGAGGAGUACCCACUGACACGAUCUUUCUGCCACCUGAUCAGCACGCUGGUGGAGGGAAGCCUGCCCGUUAAUUUAGGAGCAGGGUUGCGUGUGCCCGGCUUUCAGCCCUACUUGAACUUCUUGCGUGACUCUGUGUUCCUCCCCUUCCCCACCAGAGCAUAUCGUCGCCCUGCUGAGAAGUGGGAGGUAGCUGACUCUGUCCUCGAGGUGUUCCACAAGCUGCUGCGGGACUACGAGCCCCAGCCAUCUGACUUUGUCCAGGAGAUUGUGGAACUGCAGGGUGAGCAGGUCCCGGCCCAUAAGCCUCCGGGCCACAGCAUCAUGUUCCACCUGCUCAAUGACUCGCCCAUGCUGGCACUCUGCCUCAGCCUGCUGGAGGAGGGGGUCCGCCAGCUGGACACCUAUGCACCUUUCCCCGGUAAAAAGCACUUGGAGUCAGCAGUGUUGCACUGCUUGUGCCUUUUGGACUUGGCUCUGCAGAAGGAAGCAGUGUUCAUGGAUCUUCUUAGGGAGAGCCAGGCCUCUCUGCUGGUUUCUCCCCUGGAGCAGCUCCUCCAAGGCGUCAGCCCUCAAACCAGAAGGGCUGAUCACAUUGUCAACAUUGCGAGGUAUCUUUACCACAGCAGCUCAAACCCAGAGGCCGCCUUCCAGAGCGCCAAGAUUCUGCGUCGCAUCGCCAACUACCCAAACAUUCAGAUUAGGCUGGUGGGAGACUUCACACAUGACCAGGCUGUAAGUCACAAGCUCAUGGCAGGCUUUGUGGAGUGUCUGGACAAUGAAGAUGCAGAGGAGGGCACAGAGAAAGAUGACAUAGACUCACAAAAGAAGGUGGCAAGGAUCCGACAUGAAACCCAGAUCCAUAUUUUGAACCUGCUCAUUACGUCUUUGGAGUUGAAGGCACCAAAUCUGGCCCUUUAUCUUUUGGGCUAUGAAGUCAAGAAGCCUGUGUCAUCAACCAAUCUCCAGGACCCGGGUGUGUUAGGGUGCCCACGUAGCUGCCUGCACGCCAUCCUGAGUCGGCUGCAGAGAGGCACAGAGAAAAGAUCGGGACCUGCGCUCACACAGCAGGCCCCGCACCUGGCUGAGCUCUGCUACCAGGUGAUCUACCAGCUGUGUGCUUGUCCAGACACAUCUGGACCCACAAUGCGCUAUUUGAGGACCAGUCAGGAUUUCCUGUUCUCACACCUGCAACAUCUACCCUUCAUCCUGCCAAGUAACCAGAUUGCUGCCCUCUCCCAGAUGUCUUGGCUCAUGAAAACAGCUGCAAUUGAGCUGAGAGUGACCUCACUCAAUCGCCAGCGUUCCCAUACACAGCGCCUUGUCAGCCUCCUGCUGGAUGACCAGCCACACGCUCAGCAUGCAGCAGAUGGGGAAUCUGGCAUGGAAGACGAGACUAGAUCAGUCAGCGGUUUUCUGCAUUUUGACACAGUUUCUAAAGUGCGCAGGAAGUUACUGAGCGUGCUGGAUGCCAUUGAUUUCAGCCAGGAUAUGCCUGAGCUGCUGCAGCUGGACUUCUUUGAACGCACUCAGAUAGAGCAGGUGAUCUCCAACUGUGAGCAUGUCAAUGAGCAGGGACAUACUGUGUGCAACGUUAAGUUGCUUCACAGAGUGCUGGUCGCUGAGGUGAACGCGCUGCAAGGAAUGGCAGCGAUUGGACAGAGGCCUCUGUUAAUGGAAGAGGUGAACUCAAUCCUGCAGCAAGUGGUGGAACGUAACCGUGUCCGUCGGAGCCUGAGUGCAAAGCGGCAUGCGCUGCAGUCCUGGAGGAGUCUGGUGGAGACGCUGCUGACUGCCUGCCCAGCUGAUCUGAUACCUGCUGAUGAGCGGCAGCUAAUCAUCAGGGAUCUGCUGCUGGACCUGCACGAUAAGGUGUUAUCAGAGGAUGCAGCAGGAGAGUUGAUGCCCAUUGUUGCCGGAGCGGUCUUCACACUGACGGCUCACCUCAGCCAAUCAGUGCUGUCUGAGCAGCAGCAGGGGGUGGGAUUAGAAGCAUCCUCUGGCUUUGCGUCAAUCGCCAACUCUGCCCUGCACCUGAUCCUGCGCAAGCUGCUGGACUUUAUACUUUCUACUGGAGGCGGAUAUCAGCGUCUGCGUGCUCACCUGUAUGGCUCUCUGCUGUAUUAUCUACAAAUUGCCCAGAAACCUGAAGAACCGGACACUCUGCAGACAGCAGGCAAAGCAAUGUGGGAACGUCUCACAGCUCCUGAAGAUGGUUUCUCUAAACUGCAGAGGGAGAACCUUGCGAUCAUCGAGAGUUACGGCAAGGCUCUCAUGGAGGUUGUGUGUCGAGAUGCCUGUGACGGCCAUGAAAUUAGCAGGAUGCUGGCCAUGGCCGUGCUGGACCGUAUCCUGUCAAUUGACCGUCAGAAUCAGUGGCUGCUGUAUAUUUGCAACAGUGGCUACCUGCGGUCGUUGGUGGAGAGCUUGAGGCAGGAUGAUGUGGCGCUACAGAGCCUGCUCACACCCCAGCCACCCCUCCUCAAACCACUCUACAUCUUUGAAAGCAAGAUGGCUCUGCUGACUCGUGUGGCUAAGACGGGGCAGGGAGCCGUGGAGCUGUUGCGCUGUGGGCUGGUGGCACAGCUGAUGGAGUGUCAGGUGUUUGACAUGGUGCCCGACAGCGACGCACACAGGGUGAUGAGGGACCCAUCAGGCUUCAUCCCCAGCCCUAUGGACCGUUACAGACAGAUUCUUUUACCAACUUUAAGGCUCUUUCAAGUGAUUCUGACUUCCACCUCCAUAAAUCACCAGCAGGGGGCAGCACAAGUUCUCCAGUGGCUGAUAGUCCAUGCAGACACCAUUCAGUCCCUGCUGCGCUGCCAGGAGCUCAGUAUGGGAGCUUUGCAGGAACUUUCUCUGCUUACUGGCAUCAUCAGUAAAACAGCUCUGCCAGGUGCCCUUGAGAUGGGUGGAGAAGUCAACAGCGCUGCGCUCAUGGAGUUCCAAGGUCACAUUAACAGAUUCCAGCGCCUAUGUCUGUCUCUGCUCGGCCGUCUGGCAGGAAGUGAGCGGGACAGGUUGCUAAAACAGGCUGAGAUCUCUGCACCUGGAGACUCAGCAGAACGACGAGAAGAGAUGGAGGUGGCCAUGCAACAGGUUUGUGCUAACAUCAUGGAGUACUGCCAGGCCCUCCUGCUGCAGAGCUCAGCCCAGGCUCAGUUCAGCAUCUGCCUCUUCAGCCCGUCAGGCAGCGAGCCAGCUGGCAGGGACGGAGCACGUACUGACCUUUCAUCCACUGUGCCAUCGAUGGCUUACUCACGGGUCCCUAGUCUUGGUUUGGUCUUGUACCUGCUCAAGAAUAGUGCUGCUGAUUUCUUCCGGUUCCACCAAAGUCACAGGCAGAGCUUGGGAAAGCUUCAGAGCCUGGAUCAGCUCCCACCUGAGGAGCUCAAGGAGUUGUGCCAAGGCCUGGUUUCAGGCCCAGGAGGAGUGGAGAAAAUCUCAUCAGUCCAGAGGAGCUUGCUGGCCAAGAGACGACUGGUCCAGCUCAUCAACAACAGAGCCAAGCUGCUGGCUUUGUGCUCCUAUGUGAUUGAGACAUGCUUAUUCGUGUUGUGGCGUCACCUGGAGUACUACUUGUUGCAUUGUAUUCCCACUGACCCCAAAGACUCGCUGCUGCCUGGAUCCACUUUAUACAGAUCACGCCUCGCAGAUGACUCAUUCGGCGGGCUGCAGGCCAGCGGAGGCCGAGGACUAAGCCUAUCCAGAGUCAGCCAACAAGAUCUAGAUCUGCUGAAAAGCGACAUGGCUGCAGGAUUUGGGGAGGCGCUGCAGAGGAAGCUGCUGGAGGUGGAGGGCUUGUACAGCCAGGUCCGCUCUCGCUAUACUUUUAUCCAGGCUCUGGUCCGCAGGAUCCGCGGCCUGCUGCGGCAGCCCAAAAGCUGAGACUGGCCAAGAUCUGAUUACCUUCUCUCAGUCAGUUUGAACCUCUGCCUUCAUAACAGGCAAAACCAGAACACUUCUAAGGACGUCAUGUCUGGCAACAUCACUCCUUUCUACUGACCCGACCUUCCUCUUCUAUAACUCGUAGUGUCAAUUUCGAUCAUGCUUACGUUCUCUGUGUAGCACCGUUUGAGGAAUUGAGAAUGUGGAGAAGAAAAAGCAGAAGAAAUUUUUACUUGUUAAACUGUAUUUGAUAUUCUUUUUGUUUGUUCGGAUGAUUUUUGUGAAAAUAAACUUUUUUCUAAAUCUGU